UACUACUCUAUUAUUAGGCCUGCUUGCCCAUGCAAUGGAAGCCGGAUGUGUUUUGCUCGAUUCACUGAUCCGAGGUUUUUCACGGAAGAAAGAGCGAACUGUAGUUCAUUAUCAUUAGACUCUAGAGAUCUAGGAGGAGUGUGUGGAGUUUAGCCUAGUUUGUGAACACUAUUUUGUUUUAAAUCUAGAUUAGGUCUAGUUUUUAGUAAGUAAAGUAAGUGUAUCCCGUGGAUAAAGCGAGCGACAAAGUCGAAAGUUUGAUCAAGCCACACACAUACAGUAAACCCCUACUGACUGAGUUGGUCUUGAAGUGACGGUUGUUCUGAAAAUGGCUUCAGGCAUUGAAAUGUCGAACUGGAGGAACUAUGUGAGUGAGCUUUAUCAUGAGGUUCCUCUUCACUGUCUCAAAGUGAGCACCUUACGGCGGUUGAGUCUGUACCUGGAUGAGCCUAUAAAUGUCAUGGAUAUGGAUGCUGACUGCAUGCGGGACUUCACUGGACUUGCCGAUUUGAUUGGCUUCGAUGGGUUAGAGGUUAAGCGCUUUGAGAAUUUAGAGCAUGGCUCAAGAGGGAAAAGUGUCAUUCAAGAAUGGAUGGAACGUACUACUGAGCCCAGACCAACUGUCGGAAAACUGGUGGAAUUUUUGGUCCGAAUGGAGCGAGAAGACGCACUCACAGAAUUACAUGGCAAAAUAGAAAAUGAUGCCAAAAAGUUUUUGGAAAAUCGUGAGCGUCUCCGACCGGUGCAAGUAGGCGAAGUCUCACAAGGGCCUGGGGAAUUUGAACAGCCUAAGGCAAUUACAGCUGAUGAUGUUUGGUUUGGGCAAAAGAUAUGCUACGAUGCUUUUGUAUGCUACAACCCAGCCCGAGAUGGGUCACGUGACAUGAUGUUUGUGAAUGAACUGAUUCAGCGCUUUGAGUCUCCACCUUUCAACUUCAGGCUGUUUGUCCCCCACAGAAAUGAUCUGGCGGGCUUGAAUACACACAGCAUAAACGCCAGAAUCAUUUCGGAAAGGUGCCGGCACAUGAUAGUCGUGCUGAGUGAAAACUUUCUACAGAGCAAAGCGUGUGAUUUUCAGACUUCUUUCGCCCAUGCCUUGAAUCCUGGUGCAAGAGAGAAAAGAAUUGUUCCAGUGAAACUAGAGGAGGUUGAAAUCCCCAACAUCAUGAAGAUUAUGGCUCUGUGCGACUUUACUAAACAGGACCUGAGAGAUUGGUCAUGGGUGAGGCUAGCCCAGUCCAUUCGCAUUCCGCUCGAGAUGAGUGACUUUGAGAUUCAUGGUUCGAACUCAAUGAGCCUGGAAUCAUCGCUGCUCCCCACAACUCCGCUGUUUCCUCCGGCGUCCUCCCGACCUCUUCCAGCCCUGACUGGCUUUGGGGAAGACGGACAUCCCAACCCACCACCAGAAUCUGGCUAUAGCAGUCUCGGUGUUUCUUCCCAGUUAUUGGACAACAACCCAGCCCAGAAUCAGUGUCCAAGUGGACAGCCAAAGCACUAUACAGCCCCAGUCUACAGAUCUUCUGGACCCAGCGCUGCUUCUUCUUUGGAGUCUCUUACAGGCUCACGAACCCGGACGGCGCCUGCACUGUCGGCAACAUCAGUGCUGGCUGGCAGAAAUGGAAUGAGUUCAUCCAAUCCUAACCUGCCGGCGGCCUCCGCCAAGCGAGAGGAAAAGAGGGGCAGCAACAUUGCUUCAAGGGCAUACAAAGCUGUCACUCAGAAAUUCUCAGGAAAGAAGAAGGGGAAAGAAGAAGAUAUGGAGACAGGGUUUUAGGAAAACAGAAAUUCUCAACAAUUGCCCAAGUCACUUUUCAUUGUCUUAAGAAAACUUGGGGAAACAGUGCUUACCUUAGUCAAUCGUAGGGAUUAUGAAGAAGUGAAAUUGUCUCAUUGAAAAAACAAAUUUUAGUACACAAAACUAAACCCUGCUAUAUUGAGGACAUGAAACAAGAAACAUGUAUUUUUAUCAAACCAAAGUCUAGAUACAUGGACAAAUUACUUUAGCUAUGUUAUUACCAUGAUGAUAUUCUGUAUCUUUGAAUUACAAUAUCAGUGUCUAGAUAUACUGGAGAGGUUUUUAUCAGUUCAAUUAGAAUAUGUUGUUUUAAUCUGUUGAUGUUGAAAUUGUUUCUACUUGUACUUAAACUCAGCUGAACUGUUGCUUCUUAAACUUGCUUUUUAUAAUUUGACAUGUUUUGUUGUUAUUGUGAGUUUGUCUUUAAAAUGUAUGCAAUGAAGUUUGUUAUUAAAAUAUUGUUUGUUUGUAUGGUUGUUUGUUGAAAAGUGCUACACGUUACAUUCCUGCCUUCUUCAGAGACAUUCAAGUGUUCUUUUUUUAAUCAAACCCCAGUUUUUCUGAAUAUAUUUGCUGAUUUUCUAAAAACUUAUUAAGUAUGUGUGUGUGUGGGUGCGUGAAUGCGUGCGUGCGCAUGUGCAAUGUCACGCACAUAUGUGUUCUUGCAUGCCUGUGUCUAUGUGCACAAAUGUGUUUUUGUAGAUUCAUGUUUUAGUAUAUAGGCACUUGCCUGUUGUGUAAGUGUAUUAUAGUACAAUCAUGUUUACACAUACAUUAGAGUGUUUGUAUGCAUAUGAAAGAAAAACAGGAGGAUUACUUCAUACACAGGUACACAGGUACUAAAAGAAUGGAAUAUUUUUGUGUCCUUUGUUCUAGAGUUGUUAUUAGUAUUAGUGCUGUCUGUUUGAUUUCUUGUCAGCUGAAGCACAGUCUUUGUUCAGGAAUUUGUUCCCUACACACAGCAAAUGAGUCAAAAUUUCUCAAAGUUUGGGAAUUUAGCUGUUUUGUACUCAGGGAUCGCAUUUAUAUGUAAAUUAUAGAAAUAAUAAUAAAUAGCUUUUACGUUGAACAUUUUGAUAUUCUUAAAAAAUAUCCAAAUGCACAUCAAAAGAGAUAUCAUAUUUUAAAAUGACUUGGCAGGUAUAUACAUAUAAAUAUAUAAAGAUAUUGUCAAGCAGCACGCCUGGUAAUGAUAAUGCAAAUACUAAUAGAAUACACGGAAAAACUCACUCGUGGUCAAAAUAAAAUCUAGUAGAUUGGCUAUGAGCAAAUGA